ACUACUCAGGUCUGCUACACAGCAGCUGGUUCGGGUCCGCCAAGUUGACGUCGUUCGUGGCGUGGUCUUUGUCACAAAUUUGUUUUAUUUUGCACCUUAUUCUUUUGGAUUUUACCGGAUCGGGUAUCAUGAGCAAAAAGGAAGAAGAGGAGAUCAUCCGAAUCGCGAAAAAGAUGGAUAAAAUGGCGCAGAAGAAGAACGGGGCGGGUGCCUUGGAUCUAUUGAAGGAGCUGCGUAACAUCCCCAUGAGUCUGGAACUGCUGCAGUCCACCAGAAUUGGCAUGUCCGUCAACGCCAUCCGCAAGCAGAGCACAGACGAGGAGGUGACCUCCCUCGCCAAGUCCUUGAUCAAGUCCUGGAAAAAGCUUUUGGAUGAACCUGGAGGUGGAGACAAAGCUUCAGAGGAGAAGAGGAAGGAGCAGACCACCCCGGUGGUUUCUCCAUCGCAGGGAAGCCCCGAGGCCAAAGAAGAGAGCAGCUCCAGCAGUAACUUCAGCAGUCGGAGCGACACCACUGAAGUGGCGCCCAACUCGCUAAUCCACAACUUCCCUCGCGCCCCGAGCACCUCCGACUCCAUCAGGCUCAAGUGCAGAGAGAUGCUGGCCAAUGCUCUGCAGACUGGAGAGGAUUACAUUGCUAUCGGUGCUGACUGUGAGGAGCUGGGAGCGCAGAUCGAAGAAUGCAUCUUUCAAGAGUUCAAAAACACAGACAUGAAAUACAAGAACCGCGUGCGGAGCCGGAUCUCGAACCUGAAGGACAUGAAGAACCCAAACCUAAGGAGGACCGUUCUCUGCGGGAGCGUGUCUCCGGAGCGGAUGGCCAAGAUGACCGCCGAGGAAAUGGCCAGCGACGAGUUAAAGGAAAUGAGGAAGAACUUGACCAAAGAAGCCGUCAGGGACCACCAGAUGGCGACCACCGGGGGCACUCAGACCGACUUAUUCACCUGCGGCAAGUGCAAGGGGAAGUGCUGCACCUACACACAGGUUCAAACUCGCAGCGCUGACGAGCCAAUGACCACAUUCGUCUUCUGCAAUCAGUGUGGAAAUAGAUGGAAGUUCUGCUGAAGCUGCUGGCUCCACCCACAACUCGCUGCAAAGUAGCAUAAUUCCUGGACCAGGUUCUGUCUAUCUGCAAGAGACCAGAGCUUAGUUUUCGUAGUCGGUGGUACCUGCAGUGCCAUACAGAGAUGGUUACCAUUGGAGGGAAAAACCAUGUUUAUAGAUGGAGCUUACCGUCACUCCUCCAAAUCCCUUUACCAUUGUUAUUCGUUGUUUCUCGCUGUCAUAUAUAUAUGUAUAUAUAUAUAUAUAUACACACAUAUAUAUAUAUAUAUAUAUGACACCAGUCUUGUCUCAUACUCUUUUAUCAUCUUUUGUAUAUUUAGUUUUAACAUUUUUAACCAUGUUUUUUUUUGGCUUUUCUGGCUGAGCAAUGUGUUUUAUUUAAUUCCCCCAAUAAAGUGAUAUCCAUUUGAUUAACAA